AUGUCUGCACGGGUUCCUCGAGCAACUGCAACCCCUACCCCACAAGAUGUCACGAUCGAUCUCACGGCAGACACUGACAGCGAUGACACUUCCCCUGCCUCGGGAUCCUCUCUUCUACCACAGCCCUCGAGGCAGACGUCUAUACGGCCCUCAAGCCAGACAUCUACACAGCCCUCAGGGCAGAUGUCUGGCGAGCCCCCUCCACGAGUCUCACGACAACACCUUAUCAGGACCUGGAUUGCAGCCGCGCAGCGACGAGAAGCAGCUCAGAGGCAACUAGAAGCCGUUCAGAGACAACAAGAACAAGCACAUCAUGUCCGUGCCCCGCCCUUUGGUCGAGGGUUGCAUGAUGAACUACCCGAGGUAAUUGAUCUCUCAGACACAGACGAUUCGGAUUUCGAGAUGGAUGAGUUUGAAAUGUCUGCCGACACCGAAACCCUUGAGUCCGAAUCCGUCGGCUCGCCUCCGGCAAGUUCUGAAGUCGAAUUCGUAUCGGAGAGACCUGUUCUACAGCCCCAGCGUCAGGAGGCAGCAGUCCAGGCAAAUGUCGGUGCCAGCGCUCCUCCUCGCAUGGACAGAGGUACCUUCGGAUAUUUCCCAGAGAUAUUGAGGAGGGGGACGCAAUUUAUGUUUGGGAAUGUGCAGAAUAUCGCCGCUCCGGGCUACAAUGAAGGCUUUCUGGAUCGCCUAGAUGGAGUUCCGCCCCGUGGCCAGGACGCGCGGCAUGGGAAUGAUGUUGAAGACGCUUUCAUCGUCAACAUGGACUACAGACAACCUGCGUUUGCUCUCGGUCGUUUUGAUGUCUUUGAUCGCAGCUCUGAAACACCCCAAGUGGUGCCUGAACCUUACAAAGCGCCCCCGACCGCCCAAGAGGGGUUCAUCAGGACCUUUGGAGAAGACGAUGUCAUACUCUGUCCGAUGUGUGGCGAUGAAUUGGCAGUUGGAAAGGGAGAUGUCAAGAAGCAGGUCUGGGUAGUGAAAACUUGUGGACACGUCUAUUGCGGCGAAUGUGCGGUAAACCGUUCCAAAACAAGAGCCACGAGGAAGGGCAAAGGCAAAGCCAAAGAGCAAGAGCCUGAAAAGAAGCUGGAAUCGCCCAGAUCGGUCCCGUUUACGGUAUGCAACGUCGAUGGCUGUAACACCAAAGUCGUCAGCAAGACUGCCAUGUUCCCCAUCUACCUAUGA